AUGGCUUCUUCGUCCAAGUUCUUCGUCGUUGCUCUCCUCCUUGUCGUCACAUUCUGCAGUAACAUGGAAAAUGGAAUGGCGGCUCGACAGCUCCUCCAACUGCCGAAACCCACAGCACUGCCUCCGAUGCCCACCAUCCCAUCUACUCUGCCGCAACCAACCCUGCCACCACUCCCCAGCGCCGCCGGCGCCAUUCCCACCGUCCCAUCUCUGCCAACCGUUUCUCUGCCGCCACUGCCAAGCGGGUUUCCAACCAUUCCUUCCAUCCCUGGCCUUACCCCGUCGGGCCCUGGAAACUGA